AUGUUUCAAAUUCCUGUGGAAAAUCUUGACAACAUUUUUUUUUUACGAAAGAAGGUGAAAGGCAUUCUUGUGGAUAUUGGGCUUGACAGCUGCAAGGAGCUGCUGAAGGACCUUAAAGGCUUUGAUCCAGGAGAGAAGUACUUUUUUAACACAUCAUGGGGAGAUAUUUCUCUCUGGGAACCUUCUGGAAAGAAAGUGAGAUAUCGAACAAAGCCAUACUGUUGUAGCCUCUGUAAAUACUCUACAAAAGUGCUUACCUCAUUCAAAAAUCAUUUACAUCGUUACCAUGAAGAUGAAAUUGAUCAGGAGCUGGUGAUCCCUUGCCCAAACUGUGUAUUUUCUUCUCAACCCAAAAUUGUGGGAAGGCACUUCAGAAUGUUCCAUGCACCUGUUCGGAAAGUCCAGAACUAUACAGUGAAUAUUUUAGGUGAAACUAAAUCUUCGAGGAGUGAUGUGAUAAGUUUUACAUGUUUAAAGUGUAACUUUUCAAACACUUUGUACUACAGCAUGAAGAAGCAUGUGCUGGUAGCCCAUUUUCACUACUUAAUUAACUCCUACUUUGGCCUGCGAACUGAGGAAAUGGGUGAGCAGCCGAAAACCGAGGAUAGCCUUUCUACUGAGAAGAUGCCACCAUCUGACAAGUAUUAUUGUAAAAAAUGCAACGCCAAUGCCAGCAGCCAGGAUGCUUUAAUGUAUCAUAUUUUGACAUCGGACAUACACAGGGAUUUGGAGAAUAAACUGAGAUCCGUGAUUUCAGAACAUAUUAAGAAACCUGGACUUUUGAAGCAAAUGCACAUUGCCCCGAAGCCAGUGGCACCUUUGGCUGUACCCCCGAACAGUAGCGCCCCCGGCCUCGCAGCCACACCCCCUUGUUUUCGUCUUACCUUGCCACAGAACAGCCAGAGCCAGGCCCUGGUCCCACCAGUGACCACCGCCUCGGGCACCCCCGGGAGCCUCACCCGUUCCCCACCCGCUGUGGCACAGCCCCACGUGACUCUGGUCUCCAGCCCUCUGCCUCCCUCCGCUCCCCAGCCAGUCUUUCUUUCUCAUGGAGUCCCACUUACCCAGUCAGCAAACCCUCCUGUGUUGCCCUUGAGUCAGCCGGUUGGACCUAUAAAUAAGUCUGUUGGAACUGGCGUCCUCCCCAUAAACCAGACCAUCCGCCCCGGGGCUUUACCCCUUAGCCAGCCUGUGGGGCCUGGAGUUCUUUCUGUCAGCAGACCUGCCGGGCCUGGCGUCCUUCCUGUCAGUCCAUCUGUCACCCCCGGGGUUCUUCAGGCUGUCUCGCCAGGGGUGAUUUCUGUGAGUCGGACAGUCCCGUCAGGGGUCCUUCCUGCAGGCCAGAUGACCCCUGCUGGGGUUAUCCCUUCGGGACAGACGGCCACUUCUGGGGUUCUUCCUGCUGGCCAGGUGGUCCAGUCAGGGGUUCUCCCCAUUGGCCAGACGGCCCCGUCAGGGGUUCUCCCCACUGGGCUGACGGUCCCGCCACGGGUUCUCCCUCCUGGCCAGACAGUCCCACUGAGAGUGCUCCCUGCCGGCCAGGUGGUCCCACCUGGGCUCCUUUCUCCCACCCAGACGGUCUCGUCAGGCGUUCUCCCUGUGAACCAGGGUAUCAAUUCUGGUGUUCUUCAGCUUAGUCAGCCUGUCAUGUCAGGGGUGCUCCCUGUGGGCCAGCCAGUGAGACCUGGGGUCCUACAACUUAACCAGUCUGUGAGCACCAGCAUCCUGCCUGCAAAUCAGCCAGUGAGACCUGGCGCUUCUCAGAACACCACGUUCCUCACGUCAGGCUCUAUUCUGAGACAGCUCAUUCCUACAGGGAAACAGGUGAAUGGGAUUCCCACAUACACACUUGCCCCCGUGUCUGUCACUUUGCCUGUGCCUCCAGGAGGCGUUGCUACUGUCCCCCCGCCCCAGAUGCCCAUCCAGCUGCUGCAGUCGGGCACAGCUGCCCAGGUGGCCAGCUCCAUGGCCGGCAUGCCGUCUCCUCCAGUGGUGGUAAACGCCACUCAGAAUAUGUUUGUUCAGGCCUCUCCGUCUGCGGCAGAAGCAAACCAGGCGCUCAAACAGGCGAAGCAGUGGAAAACCUGUCCAGUUUGCAACGAGCUCUUCCCAUCCAACGUCUACCAGGUUCAUAUGGAGGUGGCUCACAAGCACAGUGAAUCUAGGUCUGCUGAGAAACUGGAGCCUGAAAAGCUGGCCGCGUGUGCACCAUUUUUAAAGUGGAUGAGAGAGAAAACAGUUCGGUGUCUCUCCUGCAAAUGCUUGGUGUCCGAGGAAGAGCUUAUCCAUCACUUGCUAAUGCAUGGCCUGGGGUGCUUGUUCUGUCCGUGCACUUUCCAUGACAUCAAAGGUCUUUCAGAGCACAGUAGAACUAUGCACCGAGGGAAGAAGAAACUACCUGUGGAUUACAGUAACAAAGGCUUUCAGUUGGAUCUGGAUGCUAACGGCAACCUGAUGUUUCCUCAUCUUGAUUUCAUUACCAUAUUGCCAAAGGAAGAACUUGGGGAGCGGGAGGUCUACUUGGCAAUCCUGGCUGGGAUACACUCCAAGUCACUCGUGCCCGUGUACAUUAAGGUGAGGCCGCAGAUAGAGGGUGCCUCCGGGAGCCCCAGCAAACAAGCACUGACUUGCCCCUUUUGCUUUGGCACCUUUGUGACGACUGAGGCAUAUGAGUUGCAUUUGAAGGAGAGGCACCAUAUCACACCAACUGUCCAUACAAUUCUGAAAUCUCCGGCGUUCAAGUGCAUCCACUGCUGUGGGGUCUACACUGGCAACAUGACCCUGGCAGCCAUUGCCAUCCACCUGCUGCGCUGCAGAAGUGCUCCAAAGGACAGCAGCUCAGACCUCCAGAUCCAGCCAAACUUGAUCGAGAACAGCGAAGUGCUCUUAGUGAACGGUGAGGUGAUCCACGACUCCAGUUUUUCUGUGAAGAGAAAGCUGCCUGAUGGCCACGUGGGGGCAGAAGACCAGAGGGACGUGGAGGAGCGACCUCUCGUCAUCAGCAAUGAUGCAGCCCUGGCUCCCGAAAAGGUGGCGAGUGUGGUGCCUUUGAAAAGACAAAGGAAUGAAAUCAGGACAGAGGGGCCGCUUGUUAAUGAUGACGCUCUUCAGAUUUUAGCAUUAAACCCUAAAAAAUAUGAAGACCGUUCUUAUGAAGAAAAAAAGCAAUUUCUUAGAGAUUAUUUCCACAAGAGACCAUAUCCUAGUAAAAAGGAAAUAGAACUUCUUUCUUCACUCUUGUGGGUGUGGAAAAUCGACGUGGCUUCAUUUUUUGGAAAAAGAAGAUACAUUUGCAUGAAAGCAAUAAAAAAUCACAAGCCUUCGGUACUUUUAGGCUUUGAUAUGUCUGAACUUAAAAAUGUUAAACACAGGUUGAACUUUGAGUAUGAGCCACAAAACUUGUAA